CACUGUUAGGCGUGUGUGGGAUCGUCGUGCGGUGCGCGGCGCGGCUCGACGGGCCGCGCAAAGGCCGCCCAAUUAAUUAAGAUAGCUCCUAGACACACACGCUAGAUCGAUAGGGACCGGCCGCGAUAAAGACUGGCGAGGGUCUCAGACUUCAGGGAUGUUGCAGUGCUGUGGUGUUGGAGGUGGCGCUUCCACGGCACCUCAGGCUCCGCAGCUGCACGGGACCGGAUCCGCUGUCGGGGCUACCACCUCCACGAGAACCACCAUCAUGCAGGACGCAGUUCUCGAAUCCAUCCUGGAGCAAAUGCGGGAGACGGAAGCCCGGCGAGCGGAGCUGGAGAGGCAGCAUGCGGACGCACAGAACCAGCUGCGGGAAAAGAUAGCAGGACGCUAUCAGGGCCCGGAAUCGGUCGAGGCGUUGCAGUCGAAAAUCCGGGAGCUCGAGAAGAAGACCGAGCUGCAGAUGGUGAAGCACGAGGAGCUGUCGCUGGAGCUGACCAGCCUGAGACGUGCGCGCAGCAGAGGACCAGUCGCGGGGCAUGUCACGUCCACGAACGUCCCGACGUCCACUUGGCCGCCGGCCGGCUCCGAGAUCGAUAGAAUCAUCGCCAAAAUCGAGCAGGACAAUAGUGGCAGAAUAUUGCACGAAUUGGACCACACGCGGGGGGCGAUAACCACGCAACAACCCUCGGCCACGCAGGGCAUCCUCAGGUCCAGUUCGGAAAAUCUUCCUAAUCUCGGCCAGCAUCAGCAUCCACCUCAUCCGCACGCCCUUAACCUCGGGAUGCCUACUCAGAUGGGCCACUACGCAGGUUCACCAAUGCCAUUAACGCCGAUGAUGCCUGGUUGUCCUCCAUUGACGCCUAACGGACCACCAUAUCACUACAGCGAGCCAAUACCGCCGGCACCGUCACUCUCCAGCAGUCAGUCGCAGCCCGCUUUCCAGCAGAAAAUUCAACAGUACCAGCAGCAGCAGCAGUCGCAGCACGAGAUGUCGAGCUCUCAUUCUCAAAGCGCUCUACCGUCUCAGCAGAAACAAACGCACACCUCACACUUCACAAGCAAUCAGUAUCAGGAGAGCUAUCCGCAUACGCAAACGUAUCAGCAACCGCUUCAGCAGCCGCAGCAACAGCAACAACAGCAUCCGGCCUCGACCACGUACCUGACAUCGGCCAGCCAGAGCAAUUAUCAGUUGAAUGGGAGUCAACAGGCAACGACAUAUCCUAGUUUGUCCAUGGCCUCGCAUCCAAACGGAACAUACAGCACGGGCGCGACCAGCUACAACACUCAGUUGCCGCAUCACAACUAUACCGUACCGCAGACGAACAUCACGCAGACAACGCUGUCCUCGCUGCCGCUGUACUCCACCACGUCCUUUCACUCCACCCUCGGGGGACUCACGAGCGUACCCCAGUCCGUUCUUCCUUUCUCCACCGGUCAGAGCACCUUCGCCUCCAGUGGAAGUGGAUCGACAUACUCCACUACCGUCGGGACCAACGCUUUCGGGACGCCAGGCGUAAGCUCAGGUACUAGUUCGGGAGGCCUGUUACAAGCAAUAGGCGAUCCUCUGCAAGCGAUGCAGCAACUCUCCGCCCAGUCGCAGGCAAAUCAGCUUCAGCAGCAGGCGAUUAUCCAGCAGAUCCAGCAGAGCUUGCGCGCCAGUUCGCCGACCGCGCCCGGUACCGCGACCGGCCACCAUUUUCUGGGUCCUAGGCAAAUGCCGAAGAUUCCCACGAGUAUACUGACGAAUCCCCUGGACCGACUGACCAACACCGAGGACAUUAUUUCCGAGGGUCAAGUGGACAUGCUGGACGUACCCGGCAAGGGUAGAUGUUACGUUUACAUAGCUCGCUUCAGCUACGAGCCGUUCCAACAUUCGCCGAACGCGAAUCCGGAAGCGGAGCUACCGGUCCAGGGCGGCGACUACCUCUUGGUCUGGGGCCAGCCCGACGAGGACGGUUUCCUGGACGCGGAGACGCUCGACGGUAGACGCGGUCUGGUGCCGGCUAACUUCGUGCAGAAGUUGGUCGGUGACGAUCUGCUGGAAUUCCAUCAAGCCGUUCUCGGCCUCAGGGACGUAGACGAUUCCGUCUCGACAAAUAUCCCUCAAUGCUAUCUGCAAGAUAUUGAUUUAGAAUUAGCCGCGUUGGAAGAAGGAAACCGGAAUCGUCAAGCAGAAUUAACCGCGUACGCGGAACUCGACAAUAUCGCGGAGGAGGAUGAGCAGGAACCACCAGAAGUCUACAUGUUUUCGGACCUAGUUCCGGCGCCGCAGCACCUCACCCUCGAGCGGCAACUCAACAAGAGCGUGCUGAUCGGAUGGACUGCGCCCGACAACACGCACCAGCUCGAGUCCUACCAUGUCUACGUGGACGGCGUGCUGAAAGUCACGGUGAAGGCCACCGAGAGGACCAGGGCCUUGGUGGAGGGGGUCGAUUCUACGCGGGUUUGUAAUAAUUCGCUGAUACAGCCGCACAGGAUAAGCGUGCGCUCGGUCACGCACUCGAGAAGGACGUCGCGCGACGCCGCUUGCACGAUGGUGAUCGGUAAGGACAUCGCGCUCGGCCCAACCGCCGUUAAAGCGUCGAAUGUCACGGCUACUAGUGCCGUGAUAUCCUGGCUACCCAGUAACAGCAAUCAUCAGCACGUCGUAUGCGUGAACAACGUGGAAGUGAGGACCGUGAAGCCGGGCGUCUACAGGCACACCAUCACCGGCCUGGCACCGUCGACGAUAUACAGGGUGACCGUCAAGGCGAAGAAUCUGCGGGCGACGCAUUUUGAGGACCAAAAUGCCCAGGCGGCAAACAACCUGGCCUGCCACGUCCACUUUAAAACGUUGCCCAAAGGACUACCGGAUCCUCCGGUCGAUAUCCAGGUGGAGGCUGGACCGCAGGACGGCACUUUGCUAGUGACCUGGCAGCCUGUUGCCCUAAACGGUUCGGCCGUCACCGGUUACGCGGUGUACGCCGAUGGUAAGAAGGUCACCGAUGUUGACAGCCCCACCGGGGACCACGCGCUCGUCGACAUACACAAGCUCAUGGGUCUCAAUCCGAAGCAUAUCACCGUCAGGACUAAGAGCAGGGAGAGUCAGUCGGGCGACAGUUGUGCAACAGCAAUACCCUGCAGCGUGCUCCGUGGUGGCCCCACUCACAUGCCGCCUCAUGGACUUCCGCACAUGGUGGAUCAACGGCAGCAGCAACAGUCCGCCAUGGGUCCCCAACAGGACGAUCCCAAUCGACAUCGCAUGGCCAGCGGCGUGGCUCAGCGAUACCCGAACGCGCCCGUGCCCUCGCAUAUGCGACGGCACGUGGCCAACCGAGUAGACGCCCACGGUCAGGUUAUCAUCGAGACGGACGAGAAUCUCUCCGAUAAGGAGAUUUACCCCGGACAGAGCAUUCCUCAGAUGGGAAUUCCAGAAAUCACAAAAGAUUCUGCGAGCGAAGCAAAUUAUAGCGAGGAGGACGAUCCCACGCGAAGAUCGCGGGGAAUGCCACCACAGCAUCACGGCCCGCAUCAUCGAUAUGGCCCGCAAAUGGAUCCUCAGGGCCCGCCUGGAGCACAUAGAUCUCCUAGCAUGAGCGGUCCGAGCAGUAGAUCGCAAGAUCCUUAUUAUGACCAAACGGGAGCUCAAAGGGGAAGAGGACCGGUUUAUAGGACUGGCGGACGAGUACCACAGGCUCAAGGUGGAGCGAGUCACCCACCGAAUGUAGCUCAACAAAUGAACAAGAGGCAACGGUGGUUCGUGGCGCUAUUCGACUACGAUCCUACGACCAUGUCACCUAAUCCAGAUGCGUGCGAGGAGGAAUUACCAUUUUCCGAAGGCGAUACCAUCAAGGUGUACGGCGACAAAGAUGCUGAUGGUUUUUACUGGGGCGAGUGUCGCGGUAGGCGAGGAUAUGUUCCUUAUAAUAUGGUGGAAGAACUUAAAGAUCCACCGGGUCAAGUACAGCCUGGUAGGAGAGGGCCUGCACAGAGCGAGAGAUGGGGGGAUAUUUAUGCGAGUAUGCCUGUGAAGAAGAUGAUAGCCCUUUACGAUUACGAUCCUCAUGAAUUGUCUCCUAACGUUGAUGCUCAAGUCGAGUUAACGUUCCAAACCGGAAACGAGAUAUAUGUUUACGGCGAUAUGGACGAUGAUGGAUUUUACAUGGGCGAGUUGAACGGCGUGCGCGGUUUAGUGCCGAGUAAUUUCCUCACCGAGGCCCCGGGACAGAAUCAGGGCCAGCCGCCGCAGGGUAGCAGACGACCCGGCGGUCAGAGCCAAGGACCGGGCGCGAGGGGUCCACCGCCACCUCCUCGGGAACCACCCCCGGCCGGUCAUCGACGUGGCAAAGUACCCGAUUAUCAGGGCAUGAAUAUAGCUCCUCAAGCCAAGACAACAAUCGGAAAUUAA